GGUUGCCAUCACAUUUCUGCCUCUGCGGCUCCUCCCUUCUCCCUCGCGCGCCCUCAUCCUCCGGACUCCCCUUCGCUCCUUUCCUCCUCCCGCGAGGCGGGGAGGGACCGGAGAGACACACGCACACAGAGAUCCUUUCAGAUGACUGAAGCAGCAGCGGCUCCGGAUCAAGCUCUCGCCGCUUCCUUUCUGCAAAGUGGUUUUGUGUUUGUUUUGUGUGUGUUGGCGCGUGGAGAACCAACGGGGGACGGCGGGGAAAAAGAAGUCCAGACAAGAGUUUUUAGGCCUGGGCAAGUCGGAUAUGAGUUUUCCCUUUUUAAAAAAGGAGAAGAAGCGAAAUCAGUCCGGAUCAGAGCUCGCUACGGAUCUGGAUCCUCUAUUUGCUGCCUGCCUCUUUUAGGCACCCGGAGUUCGUUCGGCCGGCUCGGAUCCGAGUGCGCCCUGCGUUUGCAACUUUUACCUCCUGCGAGGCUGCCUUUUUCUAUUUCUAUUUUCUUUUUUUAAAUAGAGAAACCAUCUCGUCCGCUACCACUUGCUCCCCCGCCCCGAGCCUCCCGGAGCGAUUCCCCACCCUACCGGGGGACUAAGAUGCGCUUCUGGGGGGCAGCCUUACCUGCGGGGAGCGACGGAGUCCGACCCCGGCAGCUCCAGAGUAUCCAGAGUGACUCUCCAAGACCGGAGGUGGUGAGGGUAGUGUAAUGGCUGAGAAGCGACGUUUGGAGCCACUCGGGGCCCUGAGUUACAGCAAGCACCCUCGACUGGAGGUGGAGUCAGGCCAUGUUCUCUCGUCGGGUUUGUGCAGGUCGAGCGCCCUGCCUGGCUACACCUCGGACAACCAUUACAGCUACAAGGGAUCGUGCUUUGCCUACCCCCUGCAAUGCCACGAAGGGCCCAAGUCUUUGUCUCCCUGGACUCCUACAGAGACCUACGCCCAUUGCACGGGUGCUGCGGCCAGCCACCCCCCGAGGACAGACAAAGCCCUGUGCAUGCUGUACAGACCGGAAGCAGAAAGUUUUGGGGCACAGGGUCAAAUUUCUGGGCACGAGAAGGCUGGCAGCAAGUGCAUGGCUGCUCAGGAGAAGUUGGCCAACUACAUGGGCCAUACAGGACUUGCUCAGCAGGCCUGGGUGCACAGCUACCCGGCACAGCAUUCUCCCCGAACAGCGGCAGGCUUCUCGACUUUGGCGGUGCCAAAACCGGUGUAUCGGAACCACAGUUACUGUGCCGAGUCCGGCUACAGCCCGAAAGGCUCCUUAGCCUUGGGGAUGCAGGUGGAGAGCAUGUCCAAGCAGCCAGCGGGAGCAGAAUGGGCUCUGCCACCAUCUGGACACCUGGUUCACAUGGAGAGGCCUGGUUGCGGCACAGCCAUGCCCCCCAAAUCGGUGGUUUCUGAAUCGGGUUACCUGCCGUCCCACCAAGGGUCCAAAGACACUUCCGUGAGCCCUGUUGGCUUUUCGCCGUUCCGCAAACUGUUUGAGAAAUGCCAGGCCACAUACCACAGCCCGCCGAAUAUCCCUGAGGCUCGUGGCGGAAGUCCUCGCAAACAUGCCUGGUCAAAGCUACCUCCUGCUACCAGCCCACUGGCCAAUCCCCAGAACCUGAUGUAUCAAGAGAGGUCACCUGCCUGUUACCCGCUCACUUCCUACCCGCUGACUUCACACGAACAGAUGCUGUUGUACCACCAGAGCUGUGUGCAGUCGGAGAAACCUAAUUCCCUCUUUGCUCUGCCAGCCUGCAAAGGCUUUGCCUCUCCGGGCCGCGAAGAUCCCCAGCUUCUCCCAGGAUCUUACUUAACACCACAGAGUUAUUAUCCUAGUCACUUGGACAGCUAUAUCUACAGAUCACUUGGUCCUCCUCCUCCUCCUGCAGCAACCCCGCCGAGUCACCAGCCUUUUCGGGAACACGAGCCCCAAGCAAACGCGAGGACCAAAGCAGACUUGGUGCACGAGGCUCCCAUCUCCAGCUGCACCCUGUCGGAAAAGGCUUCGUAUUUUGGCUCUUUCCCCAGCAGAGAUGGCCUCCCGGAUUGUCGCGAGGGCGAUCACGUUGCCAAGCUAAGCAACGAGAGCAUUCCGAGCCAAUGGGCAACUCCUCAACGCCAGCCUUCGCAGAUGCACCACCCUGCGGACAGAUUGCCUGGCUUCCUUAGUAGGUUUCGGUCCAUGCAAGAGGCUGCCUGCAGGGCGGGUCGGAGCCAUUCGGAAGAGGCCAACGCUAAGGGAGAGGAACUCUGUGACACAUCCAGAAGGUCCGCUUUAAUACCCGAAGCCAAGAAAAGGAACUUCUGGGCUUGCAAAACUGAAUCGGGAAAGUGUAUAGUGAUUUCGGACAGUCCAGUUGCGUCCCAUGACUCCUGCCCUAAAGGAGAUCUCCUCCAAAACAUCCUUGAGGAUUCCGGUUCCUCAUUCCAAAGAAUGCUGCAGCCAUCAGAGGACAAAGGAAGGGGUGCUAAAAGACCCGAGGAACCCCUCCCCUCUUCUUCCCCUCCUAUGCCUGUUAUCAACAACGUCUUUAGCUUGGCGCCUUACCAACGUUACCUGGCUGAUUCUGAGUCAGCGGAGAUGUCGCUCUCUAAAAGCUGUCAAACCCAGGAGACUUCUUUUGGAAACUCAGGCAAAUGCAUGGAAGUUCAGAGCCCACCGCAGCCAGGCCCUGUACGGUCAGGGGAAGUGUCUCAGGCACCGCUGCCCGAAAGGAAAGAAACUGCUCGUGAUGUCAUGGCAAAAGUUGUUGAAAGGGAGUCAAGCAGCAACCGUGCAGGGGUUGUGAGAGGGUGUGAAGAUUAUGCUGGGACUUGGGAGAGCUGCCGGGUCAAAUGCUUGCCUCCCAGUGGGCCUGCGCCCAGUCACCAGGCCCCACCAGCUUGUAUAAAUGGCAGUGCUGGGGCCAGAGAAGACCACGCCCUGGAUCUCAGCUUUAAAACAGAAGGCUUGGCAGAAGUGCCCAGUCUUCGGAGGUCACCUGGGAAGAUGGAGGCUGUUGAAAGGGAAAGUUCAGAGAGCAAAGGGAAGGAGGCGAGCGGGACUUUGCCUAAGAGACAGGGGAUUGUGCAGGAGUCUAAUGUGCAAAUGGCAGAGUUGGCCGGGAAAAGCGGCCCUGCGGGAAAGAGCAGUUUUCACAGCUCUUCGGCAUUCUUGUACAAAAAAUUCAAAAUCCAAAAAUCACAUGCAGCUGGGCGAGGUUGUGCAGUGCAACAAGACUCCUCCUCCUUGCAGCCGAGCUCCCAUGUGUUUGUUAAGGCCAGUGAUGUCUCUACAUUGCGAGAAGGCUCUGGACAAGCAACAGAUCUGCAAAGCAACCCACCAGUUCAGCAAAGCCUCCCGCAAGUGGCGACUCAGCAAAACACACCUCUGGUUCAGCAAAGCCUCCCCUAUGCAGCGACUCGGCAAAACACGCCUCCGGUUCAGCAAAGCCUCCCCUAUGCAGCGACUCGGCAAAACACACCUCCAAUUCAGCAAAGCCUCCCACACGCGGCGACUCAGCAAAACACGUCUCCGGUUCAGCAAAGCCUUCAGCAGGCGGUGACUCAGCCCGAAACUCAACUCUUGCCACAGAAUUGCUUUAACGUUAAGCUGCCAGAUGCUUCAAAAGCCCCACCUCCUAGUGCACCUGCUGCGUCUCCUGCCCUGGAAGAGACCGGUGCCUCACUUUCCACCAGCAGCGAAUUGCCCGAUAAGCAACAUUCCCCCAGGCAGCAUUUCACUGCCUUGCAUACUUCGAUCUGCGCCAUCAUUUCCUGCUCCGUGUCUACCUCUGCUCCAGAGCUGCUCAAGGAGUGGCUGGAGAAGACCAAGUCCAAAGGGGAUCGCCAAGGGAAGGCAGUAGGGUCGGCGAAGCACAAGAACGGCUCGAAGUUUUCUGAAGCUCCGAUGCCUUCCAAGGGCAAGGAGAUCUGGCUGGCUUUCAAGGACAUGGCGCUGUUCCUUAACAAACUGCUGUCUCAGCUGGAGGCGAUCCUGUUUACUCGCAGGUGCCCCUUUCCUCACGUGAUCCGAGCGGGCACCAUCUUCAUCCCCAUCCACGUGGUGAAGGAGACCCUCUUCCCCAACCUGUCCAGCUCCUCUGUUGACCAUGUGCUGCAGGACCACAGGGUGGAGCUACGUCCAACAACCUUAUCCGAGGAGAGGCUGCUGAGGGACCUGGAGCUAAAGAGCUGCACCUCCCGGAUGCUGAAACUGCUGGCCUUGAAACAGCUGCCCGAUAUCUACCCAGACCUUCUGAACCUCCACUGGCAUGACUGUGUCAAGCAACAGCUUGGUGAUCUUGCAGAGGAGAGCCCAAAGAUCGACACUGAAGCUUUAUCACUAGAUGGCUUGAAGUCAACAGAUGCAACCAGAUGUUUACAGGGUAUGACAGCCCAGUCUCUCACCCAACACUUCGCAAGGAAGCAUAAGCAAGGCAAAAAAUAUAGAUUGGCUUCUUGUUUGCCCUCCAAGACCCGCCAUCAAAUAGAUGAUGAUAUGUCUCAGGGACCCUCCUCACCUUCUAUCCAAAGGGACGCUGCAUUAAAGGGAGCAAAGUUGCAGCCUGAGAAAGACUCUGCCUCUGUGGCCUUGAAGACCAAAGGACUGCCGCUUUACCCGAAGACUGCGGAGCAGCUUUUGCCAUCCCUUAAACUCCCUGGGGCUCUUAAGGUGAAGCUGGCCAAAUCGGAUGACAGGAAAACAGCCAGUACCUCAAAGGGUCUCCAUCACUGUCAGAAAUCUAUGGUCCACAUCAAAUUCCAGAAUGCCCUUCGAGAUAUUCAGGGGCCACCGGCCCCAAAAGCUGCACGCAAGAAGAGGAGAAGGCAGCCUUCAGUGCUCCUGAAGAGGUUCAGGCACCGGGCGCCGGGUGGUACGAAGGCCUACGCUUUGCCCCCUCAGUAUCCGGACCUUGUUGGCAAGCGGAUCAGGCACUUGUACGAGGAGAAGGACAAGACAGAAGCGUGGUACCCGGGAUUGGUGCUGCGGAUUCACAAAUACCACAAGAACCCUCUGAAGACAGUUUACGCGGUGCAAUAUGACAGUGAGCCAGAGUGGCAAUAUUACCUCGAGAUUUUGCAGGACUAUAAGAAAGGCUGGUUGGAGGUGGAUGAGUGAGUGAGUGAGUGUGUGUUUGGUGUGGGUGGGGAGAGUGAGAUAAUGUCCAAUUGGGUCAUCCUGCUGGCAGAUUGGAACCCCAUUAGCAAGGUGCCUGAAAGCAUAGCUAUGUUCCAUGGCCCUGGGCAUCUCCUAGGCCUAAUCUCCAUGCUUUGGAGAGGCUGAUGAGGACUCUCCAGGUGUUCCUCUGGUGGCGUGGAGCCCGCCAAAUGCCACAGGGCUCCACAUGUCUUCAGGAAACCUUGGCAUAUUGCAGUAGUUUGUGGUGGCAGCCAUGUCAGAGGUGGAACAUGGGAACAGGACCUAGAGUUCACAAGAUGGCUUCUGUGCUCUUCCUCCCAGCACCAAAGCACACUGCGCUUGCUGCUGAAUGAGGCAGCUGGCUACUGGUCUUUAAAAACUCCUCCGUUCAGGGUUGAGGUCCAGGAUUGAGGAUGCCCUUGGUCUGUUUCCCACUGGUGGGCCUCCUCUUGUGUUGGUGGGCACCGGCAAGUAUAGCUAGCCGCUGUGACAGACAGCUGUCACCCUUUAAAUUUCCCACGGUGCUCCAGAGUGACAGCAGGUCAGGGGCAUUGUGGGAAAGGAAAAGCUGCCUGGCACUGCUCAGAUGGCCAGUGAGAAAAAAGGAGGUGUGGAUCCCUGGAUCCCUUGCAAACCACGAGACUUCCAUAUAUUCUGAAAUGAUCCAGACACAAUUCUUAAGCAAUUGCCAGUUUGGGUGCUGGAGAGGAAAGAUUUUGCUUGGCAGUUUGUAGAUCAUUCUCCUUCCUGCUGCCUCCACACCCAUGACAAAAAGAGAGAAUCCAGCAUUACUGGUCCAGGGGCAUAAGAGGGCAACGAACUUCAGCUGUGACCACUGCCCCUAUUUGCUUACCCUGGUGAACAAUAGCUAACGGUUCAUUGUGAACACAUGGAUUUUAGCUGCUUUGCUACUCCUUGCUGUUGCAAGGAGAGAAGCAAACCAUGAUCCCUGGCUCAGCAUUCUGGCUUGCUGCCAACUAAGUCAGAGUAGAUCCAUUGAAAUAAAUGGACUUAAGUCCAUUAAUUUCAGCGGGUUGGCUUUGAAUUGGACUAGCCCUGGAUCCAAGCCUAUGUCCACGUCAAGAACCAUGGUUUGUUUUGUUCAAAAACCAACCAACCAUGCUCAGCACCUGAGGUUUGUUCAUGGCUUACCACUCGGGGGUUUGCUUGAGUAGAAAAAAGACCGCUAUUCCAUAGUUCAAGACAUAAUGCUAUGCCCAGAAUCAUCAGUUUGUUUCUCCCAAUGGGGUGGAAGAAAGCAGCCCAGAUCAUCACGUUUGCAGUAAAAGCCAUUCACCCUGGUUUGCCACAAAAUGUGGAGUGGGCCUGCAGUUCGGUUGAUUUGCUUGUUGAGGCAGCAGGCAAGACUGGUGGGUGGGUGGAAGAGAGGAACGGAUCUUUGCAGCGUGGAGGCAGGAGCUGUUGCUGUACUAGCAGCUGCUGCUUCUUCCUGCUUUCUUGAGGCCUCAAAAAAGAGAUAAGCAGCACCUUUCGGGAGUCCUGCCUCCCCCACUGGCAUUGCAGAAAGGGCUGCAUUUCAUGGGUUUCCUUUUCCUGUAGAUGAAUUUCAUUCAAGGGAGAUGCCAUGCUACCUACCCGACUCUGGUUCUUUUUCUUUUUUUGAUGCCUUUCUUGCCAAAUUCACUUGCUCAAACCAUGCAGGUGAGGUGGAAGCCCAGUUUUCUGAGUUACUGAAUACGUAUGACUGAAUAUGCCUUCCGUACAACAAUACGUAUGGAUGCAAAGUAUCACCGCACAUAGAAAGCUAGCACACCAUGGUUCUAUUUCCCCCUGAUGUGCUACUUUUCUAAGUGUGGCAGGUUUUUCCUUUUCUUUUUGAGGCUGGAGAUUUGUGAAGCAUUCAGUCUUGGUGGCCUCCACCCGUCACCAUCAGAAGAGAAUCAGCCUUGGAAAUAACUUUAGCAUUUCACCCGCUUUCUGUGAUAACAAUGACCCAUGCUUAAUUCUAAUGGGGACCACUUGAUACAUUUUUUUUUAAAAGUCAGUUUCCCUCCUGUUUUUUUUUUUUUUUUUUUAAUAGAAGACAGGUUUGAAAAGUCCUGGUUUCUCCAUAACGUCAGUGGGGACAUGGCUCCUGUACUUAAAUGUUUGGGUUUUUUUGUGGCUUAAACUACCACAUUUUAGAAAUGUGACAGCUUGGCCUUUAUAAGGAGUUGCUGCUGCCUUCAGAUCUAUUUUUUUUUUUUAUUAAAGGCUUCAAAUUUGGUACUUUAUUUUUGUGCAGGUUUUCAAAGCAGUUCUUGGUACUGUUUGUGGACUUAAGACCAUAUUUUUUUUAAAAAAGAAACUCUUGUGUAUAUUAAAGGGAAUCACAAAGGAAAGUAUGAAUGACAGAUUGUCAUGUGCAAAUCGUCCAAGACACCUGAAGAUGUGUUUGUGCUGGUGGCAAAAUUACUGUUCUGAAAAAGAGACAUGACGCAGUAAUGGAAGAUAGUUUUAAGGCAGGACUGUGGUGCUGCCCAGAUGUUCUUGGGCUGCAACUCCCAUCCGUCCCUGGCCAUUGGCCAUUCAAUGAGAGUUGGGUGUCUAACAGCAGUUGGCCCUCUCCCUGCCACACACUGAAACUUGCAGCGGACUGGAAGGCUUUGGAUAUGACAAAGUCCCUUUCCAGCCAGCUCCGGACAGAAUUCAGAGACUAGAUGUGUGUACAGAACACAACACCGCAAGCUGGGUCACAGAGGAAGCAAUUUAUCUUAAGCAAAUCUUAGGCGAGGGAUGCAUUGCAACGCCCCUUGUGCUCAUGUGAUAGUAUCUAGAGGCAGCAUCGCUUGCCAUUUUCUCCUUGUUAUUUUUGCUGUUAUUUUUGUUGUUAAUAUUAUUAUUUCCGUGGUGCACUGAGUAUGCAGAUCGGUUUGGAAAGGGGAGGGGGAAAGCCUGCUAUUUCCCCAUCUUGCAGUCCUGCCAGACAAUUUAAAAAGGGGUCUUUUCUCCACCUCAUUUAAGUACUGUGCAACCAUUUGGAAACAAGUGUUUGAUACUGUAUAUUUUGUACAGAGUUCCAAUGAGAGCACCUUGGCCUUUUUAUUUAAAUAAAAAAAGUUUUGUAAGGAUACAAUUUCUAAGAGGUGCUUCACCAAGAUUAAAAUGUCUGUUUUGGAA